CCGGAACGGAUUCACCUGCCAGCCAGUACCCACUUUUCGAUUGAUCGACUGACUCUUGGCUAAUCACAACCCACCUUUCCCCACCCUUUCAGAUCAACUGAAGCUUGUCUGAUCAGCCCGUUUCCGAACGACCAAUCAGCGUUGAAGCUUCGUAAAGGUGAUAGCUUCAAGAUGUCUGAAGAGAUUCGAUACGAUAUCCCAAAGGUCCCUCUCCUUAAGGGAGAGGAGAACCUCGAAGAAUGGGACCAGUUACUAAAGCUGGCGUUGAACCUGCUCAACUUGGAAGAAUACAUUGAAAAGGAGCACCCUUUUACCCCGGAGACGAAGUCGAAGAGGACGAUGGUAUUGUUCAUUCUGUCAAGCUCCCUGACCCACGUUCGAAGUCAGUUGAAGAACGCUGGAUGGGACGCUACAGACGCGAAGAUGGACCCGAAGAAGCUGUACGACCUGGUCCACAGGGCCAUUCCUAGGGUCUCAGAGGGCGCAGCUGGGCAGCUAAUGAAGCAGCUCUGCGAGAUCAAGCGGGUCAACUUCGACUCCAUGGCCAAGUUCCAGGAUCGAGUUCAAUAUUUGAAGCGGCGGCUCCAGGAAAUGGGCUGCGGUAUGGAGGAGAAGGCCAUGAUGUGGAUUGUGAUCAAUGGCCUUGAGGGCUAUGAGAAUCUGCAGAGAUUCCUGAUCAGGGACCUCAACGCGGGGACCCUUGACUGGGAGAAAGCUGAUGAUUGAGCUUUGUGUGCUACCGUAGCAGCGUAGGUAGUUUAUGUAGCUGUGGGUUUCCACACGUAGAAAUCCACCACCACGAAUCUCGAACAUCGGAGACGGCUUUUUCCGUGUCCGCGCGAACCCCACCGGAGUGGAGGUCCACUGCUGGCCCGAGGCUCAACUCCCAAAAGGUUCCAUGAUAUUCCGAGAAGUGCAACGGUCUCUCGAGAUAGACGAUCUCACU